GGGCCUUCAGCGUUGGUUGUGUGUGUUUUCAUAAGGAGUUGUGUGGUCGCAGUAAAGUCAAAAUAGAGAAAAAUGCUGCUUCGUCAUAUUAUUCCUUCAAACAAUGAGGUGGAAGAGAUCUACAUUGUAAAACAGGAAGAUGAUACAGAGGGAUCGAUCUUUAACCCGCUAGAUUCUGAAGCAAAUUCAGAAUUUCUUUCGCAGGCUUUUGUAAACGAAGAUGUGGAAAUUAAGAGUGAACCGGAGAGUGAACAUUAUCCUAGCGAGGAAUCAUCUGAAACCUACCCGGCUGAAGGGUAUUGUGAAGAAAAAAGUAUCAUUGAUUGUACUGAAGAUCAUACAUCACAAGAGUGCGCUGAUGAGAUAGAACACACGAGGGAAAAGAGCGAGGAAUGGUGCAUAGAGGAAACUAUACCCACUGUAAAAGUUGUAUCUCGUCAGAAAAAUGAUAUUAGUAAAGUGAUACAUGAAACAGAUUGCUCAGAAAAUGUCAACAGAGCGUCGAGCGAAGCAGUCCAACGUUCAAAACAAAGAUCUGCCAAUCUUCCGGAAAAUGGAGAUUUUCACACAAGUGCUGUCCAAGAUACGUUGAGUACAGAAGACAUUGAUGGUAGUGGUGAUAGCAAGUUGGCUCCAAAGGCACGUUGCCCUAAAGAUGACCAACAGUCAAAACGUCGAAAGGUUGGUAGACCUCGCAACAAACCAGCAGAACUGUUAGAGGACUGGUUCGUUUCUUCUACCAGCAAGCGGCGGAAAAGUCAUAUGUAUCAAAGGGAUGGAAUAUGUAACGAAACCGAUGAGAUGGAAAUGGAAAAUACAAUCCAGUGCUAUAUUUGUCGAAAAGGAUUUACGAUACGAGCAGAACUGCACGAACAUCUUCAAAAAGAACACGUGACAGAAAUACCAUUCAAUUGUAAAAUAUGUGUUUCGAAAACGAUUACCAAUUUACAACGUUUAAAUUUGCACCAUCAGCAGCAUGAUAUGACGUUAAAGCGACGCUGCCACUAUUGCCCAGCUCGUUUUUCUUGUGGUCAAGCCGUUAGUAGACAUAUGCGUAAUGUACAUCAAUUACAAUACGAAAUCGAUGCGGAAAAGAACAGACGCUUCGUGUGCCGUUACUGUGCCCAAAAGUUUACGAAAAAGUAUGAUCUAGAAAAGCAUGAAAAAAAACAACAUAUAGAACAAUCGAGCGACGAAGAGUACUUGAAACGUGAGUUGAUGUGUUACAUCUGCAACGAUUUCGUCGGUAAAUCGCGCGAAGAUCUUAACGAACAUGUCCGAAUGCACUCAGAUUGGUUGCCGUAUCAGUGCGGCAAGUGUGAUAACAAGAUGAUAAAUUCAACCAGAGUCCUACGGGAACAUCUUCGUCAGCAUGCUACCGGGCUGGCCAUUAAGUGUGUCUACUGUGAGAAGCGUUUCGCAACGUUAGCUGAUUGUCAGCAUCAUGAAGAGCGAGAACACGUGCAAGAGAAACAUUUGGAUGAGCUGCAGGAAGCUAAAAUCCAAUCUGAAAUACAUGAUACAAAAGUUAUAGUAAAUGAUGGACAAAAACGAUUUCAGUGUCAGAGCUGUGAUCGUUCGUAUACGUUGCUAAGUACACUACGGCGCCACCAGAAUGUUCACAAGCUGGAAAAUAAAUUGGAAUGCAAAUAUUGUGGCAAAGUGUUUAGCAAAUCUUCCUCGCUGGUUAUGCACGAGAAACGAAAUCACGAUCAAAAUAGUCCUUACAGUUGUGAUGUUUGCGGUAAACAAUUCAAGGAAACAAGCAAAUUGAUCGAUCACCGUCGAACACAUUCAGGAGAGAAACCGUUUAUUUGUGAGGUUUGCGGAAAGUGUUUUCGGAUUCGUCAGGUGCUAAAGGAGCACAAACUCAGUUGCUUCGGGCCGGAAGCCAGUCAAUCGUGUUACUGUGUACUCUGUGCACAUACAUUCGAUAGCCUUUCCAUAGCUCUGCAACACGUGAAAACUGAACAUGAACCAGAUAUGUCUGACAGGAAAUGCCGGUAUUGUGAUUUAAUCUUUCGUGAGGCAGAAUCGUUGGUUGAACACGAAUUUCGCCAUACACUGCCGGGUAUAAUCACGUGCAAUGUUUGCAAUCGCAUCUUCAAGCACCAUAAAAAUCUAAUGCGCCACAUAAAGAUGCAUGCCGAUCAGCCGGUGCCGUACAUGUGCGAUUUGUGUGGCAAAACCUUUACGCAGAAGGGUUCCCUGACGAUUCAUCGUCGUAUACAUACAGGCGAACGUCCAUUCUCGUGUCAGUUAUGCCAGAAGGGAUUCGUGGAUAAGAAGGAAAUGCGUCGGCACUAUACAUCCCACUUCAAUCCUCAAAGUAAAUUGUUCAUACCGAAUGCCCAGUCUGUAGCAAUGCCCCCGGAAGCUGGCCCUACUGGAAAAAAAUACAAGACGUACAACUGUAAAGUGUGCAGCCGACAAUUUACAUCCAGCUCGAACCUUGCUAAGCAUCUAACAACUCAUACUGGUGAAAAGAAAUAUGUUUGCGAAUUCUGCGACAAACGGUUCAGUCAGGGCGGUCAGCUAACAGUACACAGGCGUAUUCACACAGGGGAGCGUCCGUUCGCGUGUGAUAACUGUGGUGAUAGAUUUUUGGAUGGAAGCAGUUUUAAGCGCCACAAAACACACCACCUGUGCAGUAUAAUAACUUCAUCGCAAUCUGGUGUACGUACCGACGCUGAAGAUUCACCAGUAGAAUUAUCAUUAUCAAUGGCAUAUUCUAAUACUAUCACUAAAAUAGAAAGUACACAAUAAGUUAUUAGCGAUUGAUGCAAGAACGAUCAGCAUUAAGUGAAUUGACUUUUAUUGACCUACAUCAGCCAUCACACAUUCCAUUGGGGAUGUUGGAAUAUCUGCUUGAAUGUAAUCAUAACCGAAACAAAUAAAACCAAGAUUAGAUAAAAAAGGAGCAACACAAUACAAUACAAUAAAAUUGUUCAAGCUGGGCUGAUAAUGAUUUUGACUAAUUUGGUUUAAUUCAUUAAUAUUUUUAAUGAGAUGGUAUAUUUGGAUUGAAAUAUGCGAAACAUUGGAUCGAUGUUGUUGCAUCGAGAGUCGCGUGAUAUAGUUUACCGGACAGAUAUUGUUACUGGCUGGCAGUUGUAAUAUGACAUUGGAGGGUACCCGUGAGAACGAUGUUUU